GGAGGCGGGAGGCCCCCGAGAUGGCGAUGCUGGCGGAGCCCCGUAGAAAGCAGAAGUGGUCUGUGGAUCCGCGAAAUAGUGCUUGGAGUAAAGAUGAUUCUAAAUUUGGCCAGAAGAUGCUGGAAAAGAUGGGCUGGUCCAAAGGAAAGGGUCUUGGGGCUCAGGAGCAAGGAAACACGGAACAUAUCAAGGUUCAGGUGAAAAACAACAUGCUGGGGUUAGGAGCGACCAUCAAGCAUGAGGACAACUGGAUUGCUCAUCAGGAUGACUUCAACCAGCUUCUGGCUGAACUGAAUGAUUGCCAUGGACAGGGUGAAACAGAGUCUGCAGUGAAUAAUCAGAAGGCAACAUUCAGUCUUGAAGAAAAAUCCAAAUUGUCCAAGAAACGUGUCCAUUAUAUGAAGUUUGCAAAAGGUAAGGAUCUCUCUUUGCGCAGUGAAGAUGAUCUGUCCUGCAUCUUUGGGAAGCGACAGAAAAGCAUGAAGACAGAGGAGGAUAUUGCUGAUCCCAGGACUCAGGAAGAGAAGAAAAGGAACCACUGUCUAUCUGAGCCCGCAGACGGUUACAAUACAGUGAAGAGUGUUCUCACAGUACACGAAUAUUUUGCCAAGCGCAUGGCAAAGCUGAAGGGAUCCCAGAAUGAAAUGGAAACAAAGGUAGGCAAUUCCUGCCCAACAGCUGAUGAAGUUUUGGAGCCUCCAGAAGAACUGAAAACCAAAGUCAAAAAGAAAAAGAAGAAGCAGAAGAGAGGUGAGGCAGAGACAGAGCAUUCUAAGAAACCAAAAGCGAAACAAUCUAAGAUAGGUAGCCUGAACGGAGAGGAAUUGGAUGCUCCAUUAAGUAAAUGUCACUCGGAAAAAAAGAAAAGGAAACAAAAAGAGCAAAACAAAGGAGAAAGCAUUAUUUGUGAUGAAAAUAUGGGAAAUGGAGAAAUUUAUAUGGGAACAUCUGAUGAGGAAGAUCUCAGCAUAAAGGACUCUGAAGCAAAGCAAAAGAAAAAACAUAAGAAGAAACAGAAAAUGAAAAAAUGGGAGACAGAUGAGUGCAUUGAAGAAGUACAGAGAAAGAAAAAGAAGCAUUGCAAGCACAUUUAACCAUUUAAGAGUCAAGCUGGGACUUCAAAGUGCCUUGAACUUGAGUGUGUUAGAGGAGAAGUCUGGGUAAACAUACAAGCCAGACAUCAUGUUGUAGUCUAGUCUUGAGCACACUGCUCUACCUCCAACUGCAACCACAGACUGUGUUUUAAUAUAGCUCUUUCAAAGGAGAAUGUGGUGACAAGGCAGCUUCAGGGCCCUGCUGAAAAGGUCUCCAUGUGUAGGAACAAGGCUUGUAUAUCUGCAAAACAAGACAUGAUACAAACCAAUUUGCCUCUUCCAAUAUGGCAGGCAGUUUACCUUUGUACCUUUGCAAGAGCUGUGUUUUAACACAGCAGACCCUGUGCUGCCUCCACCUCAAAUUCACUCUGGUGCAACUCCAUUCAAGUCAGAUAACAGCAAGUGAAAUCAGGCCUGGCUUUAACUGCUGUAGUUCAGACUGUGAAAGUCAGUGAGUUACUGUCUGCUACCACACUGCUUGUUUUUUUUCUAAAUCCAGGAAGAAAAAAAGUCACCCUACCAGUGCCUUUAUUAUUAAAGCCACUGUGGUUUUCACUUCUGAUAUCCCAGCUCUGCUUCUGCAAACAGAAGGGGGUUUGCAAAGCUGUAUGUAUUUUUCCAUUGGCUUUUGCAGUUGUGUCUAAUGUGUUCAUUGAUCUCCUUUUAUAUAUACUGUGAUUGUUGUAUCUUCGCAAAAUACUUAGUGUAAUUAAAAGUUUACAACGGAGUGUCAGUACUAAAGAAUGAAAUAAAAACAACUCCCUUUGUUUCCUAGGCAGUAGUUGACUACUGUCAAGUGAUUGUAGCUUUGCAACAAAGCUAAAGGAGUUGUGCGUUUAUUAACUAUAUUUAAAUCUUUGGUUCCUAGGCAACACUCAACGGUACCUUCAAUGAUGCAUCUGGAAUUCAAAAAGUUGUCCCAGCUUAGAGCUUGUUUCUAUUUGUAAACCUGGAAAUAAGUAGUGCUGAAACUCAGUACUACCACUAGCAGUUUUGUAUGAAAGCCUAAACAUUCAGGAUUAAUUUUGGCAAUGUGCUCUGCUAAGUGCUGUCAGAAUAGAUGGAUAAACUUGGAAGUAAAGUGGUGGAAUGGGAAGAAGCGUUCACCGUGCUUGAAUCUGGUUCCAAUACUGCUUUGCCCACAGCAGAUGGAUGUCACAACCCUGAAAGCCAGACAGUUAUCAUGUCAUAAUCUAGAGUAGCUGACCAGAAUUCUAAUCCAUUAGCUGUUCAUUUGACUUUGGGCCUGGCUGCCUUUCAUCAGUGUACAUCUAAAAGAUCCCAUUGGCCUGCUGUACUGAAUAAAAUGGGUACUUUGUUUUUCAUCGUCUUAGCUCAGUUGAGUGGCUUAACGUGGUUUGAAAAACACUACCAAGAUGCAAAUGUUAAUAUGAAAAAAUUUCCUUAAGCAGCCUCGUCCAGCAGAAAAAAUUCAGUCUGCAGCGCACAGUCCAUAUGGCUUUGGAUGUUUUAGUUGCAGCUGAACUCUUCAUUUUUAAGAUAUUGUAGUUUGCAAUGCACCUUUCUUGCCCUCAGAACAUGCUCAUUCAUUGCAGCAAAAUUACUGUAGUUUUACUUAUUGUAAGGGAGAACAAGAUGCCUUUCUUUGUGUUUCAUGCUGGCAUGCAAGUGGUUUUUAACCCUUGUAGCAUUUGCAUUUCUGUGCUAUACAAUUCUUAGCCAUUACAAUGCUGCUAUGGCUGGGCUUGUUGCCUGGCUUCCUUAAGUGAAAUACCACCUAAUCCCAUGAGGUUGCUAUAGAGUUGCGAAUAAGCUUCUUGCUUGGGGUGAAAAAAAUCAUCUUUUCAAUGGAAGCAAAAUAUUUUUUCGUGUUAUAUUUGAAGCAUCCUAAGUUUUGUGGGUGCCUUCCAAAGCAGCCUUUGUAAUUUACCAAAGUCUGGAUUUUUGUUUGUUGGCAGACCCCAAAAGUCUGACUAUUUCCAGUGAUUUUUCUUUUUAAGUCUUAAGCUGCUAAACUUUACAGUCUCUCUGGGAUUUUAGUUUAAAAAGGUGGAAGUCAAGGAAUAAGGUUUCCUUCUCCAAAUACUGCUGGGCUUGUUUGUUUGUUCUCUGUAUUAACCUUCCAUGAGUUUCUAUGUGCUAAUUCUUACGAGUGUUUGGCCAGAUUCCAGUUGUAGUUAUAGAAAGAAGAAAACCAGGAAUAAAUCUUAUUUAUGGUGUUACUACACUUAAGUACAAUAAACCUAAGAUUUAAAUCUGAAUCAAAUUGAAAUAUUGGCUACAAAUAGAAGAUUCUCAAAUUCAUGCAAGAAGUGGGAAUUUCACUUUAUACCAGGAAGUGUGGGAUUUUAAUGUGCCUUAAGCUCAAAGAGAAACAGCAGGUGCAGAAUAGGGGUUCUAGAAAAAAAAAAAAUUCACAACAGACUGAUAGUUGAAACAAGCAAUUCCCUUCGCUGCUCUACUCUAUGUGUGUCCAUGUUUGGCCAACUUUG